AGUCGUAUGCAUUGGCGAAAGCAUUGCCAGCUAUCAGUAUUAGUUCGGCCGUCCUCAUGUGCGCACUCGAGGCGCUCUACGCGACACCGUUACGACCAUUUCAUUAGAGAAAAACGAACUUUUACGCGUACGAGACUUCGAUGUGAUAGAGUGAGGUUAACCGGAACAAAAACAGUAUCGAGAAGUAAAAUAAUUUUAAAACGUUGACACUUGUUUUAACAGCAUUAAUUAAUAAUAAAGAAAUAAAAAAGAUAAAAAAGAAAAAAGAAAAGUGUUUUUCCAAGAUACGAUUUGUCGAAACAAUCGAAUGUUUGAUUAUUCUCUUCCUUGUUUAACCGGUUAAUCGAUAGAAGAUUAUUAAUAACUUUUAUUGUUGCGGCAAUAACGUCAGUGUAAACGAACAGUAUCUUCUGAUUUAUGUUUAAAAUCUUUUAUAUACAAUCGUUGAUGAAAAUGUCCAGUGAUUGUUGAUAUUACGUAAAAAAUAUACGUGCGGAAUAUGAAUCGUGUUGCAACGUAAAGAUAAAUAACCGAAUUAAAUUAGUUUUAUUCGCGUAAUUCUUCUACACAACUCGUGUAAUCCAUUUGAAAUAAGUCAUUCGCGAAGCCGUAUCGAAUAACCGGUCUUUUUUUUCCUUUCUCGUCCUUUGCUUCUGUCAGCGAACGAGUCCGGAUAUACGCUUGUUUUUCAUAACGGUCUGGAAGUAAACAAAACAGUCUGUUCGAUCGGUCAUUGGUAACAGAAAUAGUCCCGAUGAAAAUGGACGGAUAUUAACGAAUACACCGCAAGAGCCGAAGCAGUACCGUUCGCCGUAUGGGUGCCUGGGUUGACGAUCGUUUCGCGGCGGAGGAGGCGGUCCCGAUUAUCCAGGGCCCGAGAAGAAGGAAAGCGUCCCGCAUACUGGGCCACGUUUGCGAUGGUUGCGGCCCGGACGCGAUACACCACCAGUGUUUCGCCACCAGGAACUUUGCCGAUUCGCGCGUAUCGUCCUUGUUGCCGUUGCGCCGCCAGUUCACUAGACAGCUCUACGAGUGGCCGGGUUUACCGUUGUUCAAAUCAAGGACGAAACUAGAUCAGUUUUGAACAAUCGAUCGCGUUUCCCCCUCGCGAUAUGACGAAUACUUCUUUUCCAGCGGUGCCCGUGUUUUAUCGUUGAGUGCUUGCCACGAGAAGAGGCGAGGCAACAGAAAGGAUAAAGGAUAUAAUAGGGCAGGGGAGAAGAGCGGAGAGAAGCGCGUAUCGUCGAUCUCUGAUCGGUGUAGCGGCAGUAGUAGUAGUAGUAGUAGUAGUAGUAGUGGACGAGAGGGGUGGAAGGAAGAAUUAGAUUCGAUGUCGUUGCGUUGGCCGGUCGAGGAGGACUGCGCUUGAACAGCGGGCUCUCCUCCCUUAUUCUUGGUCGUCUCAGGCAUCAUCAUGGCCGAGUGGGCCAAGUUCAACGGCGAGGAGAAGCCGACUCGAUCGUCGAGGAAGAAGGCGGGGGAGGAGGGGGGCGGGGGCGUGGAGGCGAGCGCGGCGCGGAGAAGCAGCGACGGGGAGAGGGGGAGAGGGUGUUCCACGUCGAACAGAAUCCCCCAGGAGGCGACGCCGGUUGGAGCGGCGGGGUCGGGGAAGGGUAGCGAGGACGCGUCCGAGUCGAGCUCGUCGUCGAGGCAGAGGAAGAAUUCCGAUCGAAUCGGGAUCCUGUCCGAGGAACCGUCGAAAUCUAUCAACGAUCAGAGCUACGUGAACUCGAUCGCGACCGAGAGGGACGAGGAAAUUCGCAAUUGCUUGGACAGGAAGGCGUUGAACGUGGGUUACGAGGAGGCCGGGUCGAAGAUACGGGAGGAAGCGAGGCACGAGUUGGCGAACGAAUCGUCACGUAAGAACUCGGCUAAGAAGCCGGACAGUUUGUACAACAAGGAUAAGAAUGUCGAAAGCCCGGCAAAGCGCAAAAGCGUUUUCGCGGAGAGGAACUCGAUCUUCGCCUCGCCGACCAAGAUCCUGUCCAAGAAUCAAUCCUCGUCCCAGAAGAGCAUGGAGAAAUUGGUGAACGGUAAGCUGGGGCGAGAGGACAGGCAACAGCACCACGUGCAAUUCAACAAAGACUCGAAGAGGCAGCAGUCGAGGGAUACGCAGAGGCCCCAGUCGAGCCCCUUGAUCCCACCCUCGACGACCAACAGCUCGGACGACAACUCGAGCCUCGGCCAAUUGUGCGAGGCCACGCCGCCCGACGGCGGUUGGGGUUGGGUGGUGGUCGCGGCCUCGUUCAUGGUCAACCUGAUAGCGGACGGUAUCACGUUCUCGUUCGGUGUCAUCUACGUCGAGUUCCUCAAUUAUUUCGGGGAGGGUAAGUCGAAGACCGCCUGGAUAGGGAGCUUGUUCAUGGCGAUGCCGCUGUUGUCGGGCCCCGUGGCAAGUUUCCUCACGGACAGAUACGGUUGUCGGAGGGUGUCCAUAGCGGGGAGCAUCCUGGCCACGGCCGGCUUCGUCGUCAGCUCUUACGCGAACUCGAUGGAAGUUUUGAUAUUCACGUUCGGCGUCCUCGCCGGUUUCGGUUUGUCCCUGUGCUUCGUCGCAGCCGUGGUCAUAGUCGCCUAUUACUUCGACAAGAAGAGAUCGUUCGCCACCGGGUUGUCCGUAUGCGGAAGCGGUAUAGGAACGUUCAUAUUCGCCCCUGUCACCCAGUACCUGCUCGCCGAGUACGGUUGGCGGGGAACCACGUUGAUAUUGGCAGGCCUGUUCCUCAACCUGGCCGUGUGCGGCUGCCUGAUGAGGGAUCUUGAGUGGACGACGAUCAGGGCGAAGGCGAAGACCGAGGAGAGGCGGAAGAAUCGGGAGAGGAAGAGGGGCAGGAUACAGAGCUCGAGCGUGGACUCGUUCUCGGCCAACAGCUCGCUCAACACUCUCACGAUCAUGGAUAAUCUUCGGAUUCAGGAGAAGGAGGAGGACGACGAGAAGCUGUUCUCCAGUCUGGUGAGCUUGCCCACGUUCGUGAAGAACAGCGAGAAGGUGCCGUUGGAGGUAUUGGAACUUCUGAGCACGCGUAAGAACGUGUACAACGUGUUGCUGCAAAAUUAUCCGAGCUUGCUCAUCUCCUCGAGAAGUUUCAGCGACUCGGGGCCCCUUCACGACCAGCUCAGCACACCCUCGGCCCGAUUCGUGCCCACCCCCAGCUCCCUGUCCGAGUUGAAGAGCGAGGAGAACAAGGAUGAGGGUAAGGUGCCGGCCAACGACGAGCAAACCCUUCAACAGCAAACGGACGCCGCUUGGCGGCUGUGGUGGUCGAAGAAGAUCAAUCUGGACAGCUCGUUGAGAAGAUCCAGCACCUUCGACCAUACGAGGAGAUUGCCCACCGCUUAUUUGAAGGAUAUCAGAGUGCACAGGCACAGCCUCACCUACAGAGGGGCUAUGCUCAAUAUAAAUCGAUACAGACUCAGGGCGUCCAGUUGUCCGGAUAUUUAUAGGAACUCGAUGACCACCAUAGCCAAGACCAAGCUCGUGUGGUACGCGGGCCUGUGGGAGUUCUGGGACCUAGUCGUCGACAUGCUCGAUUUCUCCCAUUUCGCAGACUCCCGCUUCUUGCUCUUCGCUAUCAGCAAUUUCCUCCUUCACACAUGGUACGACGUCCCCUACGUCUAUUUGACGGACAACGCGAUCGAGAUGGGAUUCAGCGAAACCGAUGCCUCCAUCUUGAUAUCGGUUAUAGGGAUAUCCAAUAUGAGUGGCGAGAUUCUCCUUGGUUGGGCAGGUGACAAAGCAUGGGUAAAUGCAUCUAUCGUGUACGCAGUGUGCAUGGCCCUCUGUGGUGCAGUGACAGCUUUAAUACCUAUGGUAGUUGGCAAUUACUAUGCUUUGUGCGCAAUCUCUGGUGCUUUUGGAUUAUUCAUCGGGGCAAAUUAUAGUCUUACCAGCAUCAUCCUCGUCGAACUGAUCACGCUCGAAAGAUUUACAAACGCGUACGGCCUUUUGCUUUUGGUACAAGGUGUUGCCAAUCUCAUGGGUCCUCCACUGGCUGGAUGGCUUUACGACAUCACAGGGACGUACGAUCUGUCGUUUUAUUUGGCCGGUUUCUUCAUUGCGUUAAGCGGAGUUCUGUUGCUGGCCAUGCCUUUAAUCAGCCUCUAUCGAAAAUGUUUGAACGGAUCCAGGAAGGAAGAGACGGAUAAGGAUUUCGCGAACAUGAACAGAGUUUGAAUAAACGGCGACUAGUAGUAUUAAAGAUGAUUAUACUCGAGGAAAUUACGAUCGUCGAUAACGAUGUACAUCGAUGUAUUUAUCAAUUCAACGGAAUUUAUGGAAUACAUAACACUUCCAAAGCAAAAGGAAUUGCAAUUAGCACCUGUACAAUUAGUUUUACAGCAAGGUAUCUUUUACCCGCAAUACGUGUUAAAAUCAGUCGCGUGUUUUACAUUCAAUUAAACGUUCGUGGGGUUCCUUCAUAGAAUAGCGUAUACACGAGUUGAUUGAACAAUUAAGCUCGACAAUUAAGUAAUUCAUCUAGAAAAGAAAAGAAAAAGAAAAAAAGAAAAAAAAAAAAGAAAGACAGAAGGAAAAGAAAUAACGUUUUUUGAGAUAUCUUCUUUCAUUAAGGAUUUAUAUGUCCUUUAAGUUUCGCGCGUGAUAUUUAAACAGAUCGAUCGAUUUAAAACGAUGUAAAAAUAAGCGAGAUCUAUUGUUGAUAACGAUAAUGUCCGAAGAUAAUGUUACGAAUGAUCUGACAAGAUUUAUGUCGAUACGUAAGUUGAUCGAAUUGCGAAUGAAUUCCAUAUGAUCGCUGUUCGCAAUUAACAUUUUACGAUAUUUACAUAAAUCUUGUAUUCACUUUGUAUUCAGCGAACUCAAUAAUCAUACUAAUAAUGAUAUUACACAAGAGUUAGACAAAAAACGUUGCUAACUUCUCAAAGUUGAAAAAAUAUUGAUAAUCGUUGAAAUAAAUAAAAAAAAAAAAAAAAUGUAACGGAGGAACAGAAGUUUAUGAUUAGAUAGUGAAUCGAUAUCACAAUAAAAGUAAUAUCAAUUAAAAUAAGAUAAUGCUUGCUUUAGCAAUAAAGUGCACAGACUUUGCGAAUCGUUUCUAACGUUAAGCGUGAUCGAUAAUUAAGAAAAGUUUGAAUCUCAGGAUAAUAGAUAAAUGAUUAAAGCGAUAAUUUAAUAAACGGUCAACCGGUCUUUACUCCUCUAGGAUUAAACGAAAUUCGUCUUGUACUUUUUCACGAUACGUUCUCAAAGGAAAAAGUAAGAGGAAAAAGAAGAAAAAAAAAAAAAAAAAAAAAAAAACGUUCCUUUUUACGUAUAAACUUUUUCAUUCAAUUAUACGUAUAAAAUUUGACAAGUUAUUUCUAAAUAACGCCAAAGAUAUCAUUGUAAAUAUAAGUCAUGCGACAUAUAUCAACAACAUGUGUUAAAAAUAUAUUAGUUAAAUAAUUUCGUUAUUUUGUUGAUUUUGUUAUGUCGUUUAAUUAUCUUGAUAACCAGAAGUCGCCUUCACAUUUCAAUAACGUAACGUUUAAUUUUAUGCCUACAUUUGUAUUAAUUUUGUCGAUCGAAUAGACAAAAAGUGAGAUUAAUCGAACAACGCAAACUAAGUAAUAAUCGAUUAGCCGUAUCAAUUUAGUUACCAUUUUCUUUCCUUUAGAUUCAUGUACAUUUGUGCAUGCAAAAUUUUUAAAGAUGUAUAUGUAAAUAGGCAUAUAUGUAUAUAAUAUAUAUAAUAUAUAUAUAAUAUGUAUAUAAUAUAUAUAAUAUAUAUAUAUAAUAUAUAUAGCUUUUCUGUGAUGAUGAACCUGAAUUUUAUGAACUUUCCGAGCUACAAAUAGGUUAAUACCUCCGUUUCCAUAGCGUGUGCGUGCGUGCGUGUAUUAUUAAUUCUAACGAUGCAUUUCCAAUUUAUUUGCACCACUAUUAUAUCAUAUAAUCUACCAAUAUCAUACAGUCAUACACGGAUAUUAUAAUUAUAAUUCUUCCUCAAUCGACGCAAUUUAUUUAUCGAGAUAUUAAUUAUUAAUCAUAGAAUUGGAAGAUUACAAUUUCUUAAAUCUUAAUUAUUUUAAAUGUUUGAUCGAGUUAAGUACGGAUAAAUCGAAGAUUAAUAUUAAAAUUGAUAAAAAAAAAAAAUCGAAGUGCGUGUAAUUCCUCCGAUAUAAGCUAAUUUUCUAGAAAAGUCACUCGUACAUUCGAACAAGUUAGUUUUCAGAAUUUUUACUUAGAACACACACUUGUGACUGUACGGGGCCUUCACACGAGAGAAAAAUUUCAAAAGUAUAUUUUCUUCGAAUAAAUAUACAAAAGAAAAAAAAAAAAAAAAAAAAAAAAAAAGAAAUCCAUUCUUCGAUAUUUAAGAAAAGGAAAACAGAUAUCUAUGUAUGAAUUACUUGUUUAUCCUUGCGUCUUAAUAUAUCUACGUAUAUACAUAUAUAAAUCUAUCGGCACGUUUUGCCAAUUCGAGUAAUAAUUUAUUCUUUCAUGGUACAAUAACUAGUUCUACAGUGCAUGUGCUCGCGUUAUGGUAGCGUGAUUAUGCAUACGCGGCCUUACAGGCGUUUACGAGAUGUAAUAAAAGUAAUAUUUUAUUAUGGAGACAAAAAAACUGCAUUUCAAAUAUAUCGAAACCGAGUCGUGUGUGACUUUCGUCAAGUAGCUAUUAAGUAGUUAUUAAGACGAGGUAUAUGGGAUAAUAAUUUUUUGUAAAAGGACUAGUGAGAACUUCUAUAUUAUAUUUGUGAAAGCGGAGCGAAUUUACGUCUAACGUAUAUACGAGGUUUUAAAAUGCAUGUUUUUGUUCAAGCGAACGAGAGGAUACGUUUCCAUACGUGACGAAAGACGUUUUGAGAAUUUAAUUAAAAUUGGUGAUAAGUGUGUCCACCAAGUGUGUCUUAAA